ACUUUUAUGUGUGUAAAAUUCGUUUUAAACAUUUCCAUGUCAGAAUUCAACUAAAUUUGCAUUUUUCGUUUUUUCUUUUUUUCUUUUUUCCCAAUUUAAAUUUUUAAAAAUUUCCCUUGUAAUAACACGUGGUAUUUUGGCAUAUUGUUUCAUUUUUGUAACACUUUUUAUUUUUCGAAAAAGAAAUCGAUCAUCGAUAAAUACACAACUUUUUUUCUAUUUUGUGCAAAAAAUUGAUGGGUGUGUAUAUAUACACAAAAAAUAAAUCAUUGGGAAAACAGACAUCGCGAUUGUUGGCAGAUAUACAGGAGGGAAAAUGAAUACUUUCCUUUUUUUUGUAAAAACACUUUUAUUUUCUCUCCUAAUUUGGAUAUUAAACUGUUCUAACUACCAUAAACUUAGUAAAAGGGAUGAUAGAAAAAAAUGGGACUUUCAAAAUGCCGUGAAUCCAAAAAAUUUUCAGAGAUCGUUAGCAAUUGGCAGGAGGAUCAUUAGGAAGCCGAUGGUACGUAGCCCUGUAGUAACGGAAAUUAAACGUGGUGGAAUAAAGGAAUAUCAAGAAAAUUACGAAACGAAGCAUUACAAAUUCAAAGAAAACGUUGUAGAUGGAAAUAAAGAAUGUGAUGAAAAAUAUGAAGCAGCACAAUACGGUUUUAAAGAAAAGUGUCCUUAUGAUGUAGAAAAUUUUGGAGAAAAUGUUGGACCAGAUAUUUUCGAAUUAAGAAAAAAUUUUCCCUCUGGAAAAUAAAUGGAUUCAAUUCCCACAACAAAUGAUGGUUAUCCUACCAUGGCAGGCGAAUACAUAGAGGAUGGAGACAGUGUAAUAUAUCCAUCCAAUGGAGGAUACCCUGGUGGAUACGUAGAAUAUACAGAACCUGGACGCAGAAGAAAUUCCCCAAGAGGAAGAACUCCAGGUAGACACGUAGAGCGUGUAGAAAAUGUAGAAUACCAGCCAAUAGAACAUCCACCAAGGGGUAGACGUCGAAGAGUUGUGAGAAGAUCGGGUGAACAUCCAGAACAUAUACCAAGGAAAAUUCCCCCAAGAAAGCCGCCAACAAUCAUAUACGUAGAUGACCCCGAAUACAAACCCAGGGUAGUAUACCCGCCAGGAACUAGGAGCCCUGAUGCAUACAUGGAACAAGGGGGGGAUAAACUAAAAUACGUUUCAUUGUUUGAAGACGUAGAAUACAAGUUAGAG